AUGUAUCCAAACGCUCACAUCAAGAUCCUCAAACGCUCCGUCAAUUUAGUGCCCGCAGACGACUCGAUCCCCUCGCCGCCACGCUCGCCGUCGCCUCCACCGCAGCCUCCACCUUUACCCUUAACGCUCGCCCAGCGCAUGAGGCAAUCCCAAUCCCAAUCCCAGAUGCCAACUGAUCGCCCCAAGCGGCGCGACUAUGGCCCGCGGCGCAGGCGAGAGUCGCUCGACGCCCUGCUCGACGGCCUCAGCUCGUGGGACCUGCUGCACAUCCGCAGCCGCUUCAUCGACGGCUCCGUGCGCCUCGAUGGCUUCGCCGGCCUCAGCGAGCUGCCGCCCGAGGUCUUUGCCUACAUCAUCCCGCACCUGGACCUGCAGGACGUGCUCAGCUGCUAUCUCGUGAGCAAGGACUGGCGCGAGGCCUGGAUGCAGGGCGCCGUGGCCUCGGCGCUGUGCAGCCGCUUCUUCCCGGGCCUGCUGGAGCUCUACCACAACGACGUGCCGGACCGCAACCAGCUAUUCCGCGCCACAGCCCAACAGUACAUGCGCAAGCUGUACGUCAAGCGGUCCUUUAUCGCCUGGGACGUGGGCUGGAGCAGCGACAUCUUCACCAACGCUGAGGACCCGCCGGCGAGUCGCCAGCUGGGCAAUUUGCGCGAGGUCAACUUUGGCUUUGGGCCCCUGACGGUGCACUACAGCAGCGGCAAGCUGGCGUGGCAGCCGGAUAACUGCCAUGUCAUUGUGGAUGAUUUGUACACGAGAGAGAGGUCGCGGUUCAGCUUUGGCAUGGACUUCAUCUCGGGGCGGCCGCUGCAGCUGCAGGCUGUGACGGACAGCUUGGUGGUGCUGGCGACGAGCCUGCCUCAGCAUCAGAGCAGACACCGGACGACAACUGACAACGGGCAAACCAUAACAGUGUUUCACCUGCAGUUCCGGCAGUCCAGGAAUGUCGUCCUCCCGGGCAAGUUUGCCCACUGCUAUGCUCAGGGCGACACAGUGGCGUUUGUCACCAGGCAGGGCCAUGUCAUCAUGUGGGGCUGGAGCGAUACUGCCUACGAGCUGAACGUUGAUCACGAGCAGCACUUUUUCGAGCGAGAGGGAUGGGAGAGCGAUUUGGGGGGCAUCCCGGGCAUCGUGUUUCACCCAACAGACACGGACGUCGUCUAUGCAGCGUGGCUGCAUUCAGCCUUGCAGCCCGAUCCUCUUAUCCACAUCGUCGUCGUCAUCAAGUUUGAGCGUGGCAAGCCGGUGAAACGAUUUGAAUCAUCCAUCUCUCAUCCGGAAUACCACCGCGACCCUACGACCAGGUAUUCGUGCCCGGCCAUGCGCCUGACGCUCACUGCCCAGAAGAUGGACAACUACGGCGGCUACGCGCUUGGCAUUGUCCAGCUCGUCUUGGACAGGGGUAACGCUCCAUGGGCAGACAAGCAAGCCAAACCAUAUACCGACUGGCUGUGUGUCACCUUUAACGUCUUGACCGAGACUUUCCUCCACAUCAAGUACGAGAGCCGUCGGAGGCCGAACCCCGCGCAGGCGAGACACUUUGACUUGUGUGCAUGGGAGGACCAGCUUGUCAUCAGCUGGUUUGACGAGUACCUCGUCAGCCAGGGUUAUUCCCACGGCCUGGAGUGGCUGCAGCCGGUCCCCAUUGGCGACGGCCCCUCUCGCUGCGCUCACACAAGCAAAGUUUCCAAAUCAAUAAUACGCCAGCAGGUGGAAGUCGAAGACUACAUGUCCGACCAUGGCUUUGGGCGCAGGAUCUUCAUGGACAAAGACUUCUUCAUUGCCACGACGGGCCAGGGCUUCAUGCUGAUUUCGUUUAAUGAGAGUAUGGAUCUUCCCGGCCUGGCCACCAGGGAUGAGAAUGGCAAGGUGGCGAGGUGCAAGAAUCCGCCGCCGGCGACGGAGGGAGAGGACAUUGAGCCGCCGAGAAUGUCUGCAUCGUGGGACACGCGAAAGGUGACGAGUUUGGUGAGGAUUGCGCUGGAUAAGUUUCCGGAGAAUCAGCUUGAUCAGCCUGGGUGGUGA